UCCGAAAAAUGCGCCAUUCAGAGUAUUAAAAUGGGCGAUGAAACCAGCAAAAUAAUUGGUCGCUUUGGACCAUGGCAGAUAAGAUUGAUGUUAAUCUUGUGGGCACCUCCUCUUCUGAUGGGUUAUCACUCUAGUUUACAGUACAUCACUCAGUUAAAUCCAGGGGCGGCAAUCUGCUAUCCCUCAGAGUGCCAAAAGAUUACGCCGUCAUUUCAGGAAAUAAUUCAGAAUAAUAACAUUACAAAACGAGUUUUCCAGACACGAGAUUUUAGUUCGUCAUUCUCUCCGCUGGGAGAGGUCAUUGUAAUCCGAGUUCCCGAUCAUUGCAGUAUUAACAAACCUAUUCCUGAUGAGAACGGCCUGUGUAGAAUGAUCAAAAAUGUGACAAAGGGUGGAGAUUUCUAUCAAUGUACCACCAACUCGACAUACGAAUAUAACUAUGUUGGACUGACGAAGACUGUUGUUACGGAGUUCAAUUUGAUCUGCAGCAGGAAAAUUUACUUCCAACUUCUCAAAUUCAUCCAAUGCAUCGGAAACGGGGUCGGAGUUUUAGGUAUUGGUGUCAUCUCUGAUAGAUUUGGAAGAAGAAACGCAAUAAUCGUCUCAGUCUUAAUCACAAUUGUAUCUUCUAUUCUUGGGUCCCUGAUGCCCGAGUUUAUAAGUUAUUCAGUGAUUUGGUUCUUUAUGAAUGCUGGUCCAGCAGGUUGCUACUACGUUGCAUUCUGCUACUCCAUGGAGAUGAUUUGGUCAAGUCGUAGGUUUUCUGUUUUCUACUGGAUUGGUCCCAUAGAUCUGGUAGGAAUCCUGUAUCCUUUACCCUUUGCCCUCGGUCAUGCUAUCUGCUCAAUCUCUGGCUUGGCGGUCACAAAUCGUGGAUGGCGGGAGGCCCAGCUCUAUUUUACAAUCUUCACCCUGUGGAUACUUCCAUUUGUUUACUAUCUAGUCCCUGAAUCCCUACGAUGGCUUUUGAUGAUGAAGAAAUAUGGAAAAGCCAAACUCCUAGUUAACGAGAUAGUGGAAACCAACGCUACCGUAGAAGAGAUAGCGGCCAUAAAAGAAAUUGAGAAUUUGAAAAAUUUGACAACAAAUCUGAGAGCAGUUGCACGAGAAGAUACAAAGAUUGCCAAAGGGUUGGAAACGGGAACUGAAGCCAAGCCAGUAGAUAUGGCUUAUUCUGAGACAUCAUCUGGGACGACUUCAAUCUCUGAAGAGAUUCCAGAAAAAGAAUUGAAUGGGAAGAAAAACUGGAAAAUAAUAAGACGGAGGCACAAAGAGGCCAUUUCGAACUUGACGAGAUCUGGAGCUAAAUUCUUUACUAAAGUACCAAAACCUAGUGAGAGUGAUGAGAGUUCUGAGGAUGAGAUUGAUGAUCAAGGCAUAGCAUUUGUUCCACAAGCUGCUGCUGAUCCUCAUGCAUCUGAUGAUCUUGAAUAUCUGCAUAAUCACAGUGUGAUGUACACGUUCACUGACAUGUUUGGCCCCUAUCUGAAGUACUAUACUGUCAACUUUCUCUUCCUUAGUAUUGGUGUUUGCUACACCGACUUCUGCUUCGAUACAGUCAUGGAACUGAUCUUCAGCUCUUGGUCUCCUUUAUUCGGCAAUGUUUUCAAUUUCAGAUGUGUAUCCUCUAUUAUUGAAAUACCAACCUAUCUGCUGGUUUUGUUGGUGGUGGGAAAAUGGGGCCGAAGACCUCUUCUUGGCUUCCUCUUGUUUGUGGCAGGAUCAAGUCUUAUUCUUCUCUCCAUCACAGAUAGACAUAGAACAAUUCUCUUCUUAUUAGGGAAAGCAGCGAUUGCUGGAGGAAAUGCUUUAAUGCAUGUUUCAAUAAUGUUGCUGUAUCCAACAUCGAUUAGAAACCAAGCUUUAUCACUUUUUGUGUUUGUAGCCUGGGUUGCUAGUGGAUGUCUUGAACUAUUUAUUCAGUAUUGUGUUGGGAGUGGAGGAGGACAAGAGCUAAAUUUUAUCCUUGGAACACUGGGAAUCCUUAGUUCUAUGACAGCUCUGUAUUUACCAGAAACCAUCAAUAAUCCACUUCCAGAGACUGUAAAUGAUAUCAGGUUUAAUACAAAGAACACAGAUGAUUCCUGUUGUAAGCUUGUCUCCUACCAUGAAAGAUAUGAUGAAUAUUACCCAAGGGUAGGACGAGCUAAACCAUAUCCCCAAGAUUAUAAACAAAGAUGGGCACAAGCUUCAACACAGAAGAUUAGAGAAUACAGAACAAUCAAGUUUGGAAUCAACAUUUGAACAUUUGUAAACCCCAGGUUUACUACUCAACCGAGUUUGAUGUAAAUAUCUAAAUUGUAAAAUUGUAUGAAUACACAAUACACAUAAAAAGAAUA